AUGGGUAGCUCACGGCCGUUGGCGACCCGCCCUCCUGUUCGACGUUGGGCUUACCUAGUCUUGUUUAUCGUCGCACUCGUCUCCAUCGUCCCUUUCCAUUCCUCGACAUUUAUCUCUUCUGCGUUUCUUCAAUCCAGUCCACAGGAGUUUGCCCGUCGCUCCCAGAUCCUCUCCAAAUGUGCCUACAUACGCUCCAAACCCGGGCCACCACCCAAUUUCCACGACCGCACCCAGAGUGACCGCUAUGCAGAUUCCGAGAACACAGCUCCCGUUCUUGUGCGCAACGCGACUAUCUGGACAGCUGCUAAUGACGGCCACGAGGUUCUCAACGGUGACCUCCUCAUCCACCGUGGUCUCAUCAAAGCCAUCGGGGACGUUCCUCUUUCCCUGAUUCGGCAGGUUGAGUCAAAACAUAGGAAAUUGGAGGUUGUCGAUGUUCACGGAGCGUGGGUGACCCCUGGGAUUGUAGAUUUACAUUCCCAUAUUGGUGUCGGUAGCGUGCCUGAGCUAAAUGGCGCACGCGACACAAACUCUCGCAAGGCCCCCAUCUUACCCUGGUUGCGCAGUAUCGACGGGUUGAACACCCAUGACGCAUCAUACGAACUUGCCAUAGCUGGAGGCGUCACAACCGCGCAAAUUCUCCCUGGGAGCGCAAAUGAUAUCGGUGGUCAAGCGUUCAUAAUGAAGCUUCGUCCUACAGCCGAACGUUCGCCUUCUUCCAUGCUCCUCGAACCUCCCUACACCCUCAAUGGCUCUCACUUUGACCACUCUCUCACACCCCGCUGGCGACACAUGAAACAUGCAUGUGGUGAAAACCCCUCUCGUGUCUAUGGCAUGACGCGCCUUGACUCCGGGUGGAACUUCCGCGCCGCCUACGACAGUGCCCGAAAGCUGCGUGACGCUCAAGACGAUUUCUGCGCCAAAGCAGAGUCUAACUCCUGGGACGACCUCGCGGGAAAUGCAUUUCCUGAAGAUCUGCAAUGGGAAUCCCUUGUCGAUGUGCUCCGAGGACGUGUGAGGCUUUCCGUGCACUGCUAUGAGGCAGUUGAUCUCGACGGAAUCGUCCGUCUUACGAACGAGUUCGAGUUCCCAGUAGCAUCGUUUCAUCACGCUGGAGAAACGUACCUUGUUCCGGACUUGUUGAAGAAGACCUGGGGUGGCACGCCUGCCAUAGCACUCUUUGCAUCCAACUUCAGGAAGAAACGCGAGGCAUAUCGAGGAUCGGAGUUCGCACCGCGCGUGCUGGCAGAGCAUGGAAUCGACGUUGUUAUGAAGUCUGACCACCCGGUUGUCAACUCCCGCUACCUCCUGCACGAAGCUGCCCAAGCGCACUACUAUGGCCUUGACCCCGCACUCGCGCUUCUCUCUGUUACGUAUACUCCUGCUACUGCCAUGGGGAUGGGCCAUCGAAUUGGGAUGCUGAAAGCUGGAUAUGAUGCCGAUGUUGUGAUUUGGUCCUCCCACCCACUUUCACUUGCUGCAACGCCCACUCAGGUCUAUAUCGAUGGUAUCCCUCAGCUCUCCCAUCCCGGCCGCCAUGUCGCCAAGGGGCCCACCACGUCCCCACGCACGCCCGAUUUCGAUUCCGAGAAGGUGGCAACCGUCACGCAUGAGGGCAUUCCCCCUCUUGAACCUCGCAGCGUAAAAGGGGCGUUAUUCGUGAACGUCUCGGGGCUUUAUAUGAGAGGUGAGGGCUCGACUGGGGUGGCGCGUAUCUCUGAAAAGGUGGGAUCGGUGGGCGUAGAAGAUGGCCGAGUGGUGUGUGUUGGUCAAUGUUCGGAUUUUGCACAAGGGGCUGUCGCUAUCGUGGACCUUGAAGGCGGCACGAUCACACCUGGACUGACGAGCUUUGGUGCUCCGCUGGGGCUCGUAGAGAUAAGGCUUGAGCCGAGCACAAACGAUGGAAGCGUCUAUAACCCUCUCGAUGGGGAUCUCCCUGCCAUAUUGGGUGACACGAUCAUGAGAGCACAGGACGGGCUCAUGUUUGGCGGUCAGAAUUUGCUGCUAGCUUAUCGCGGUGGCGUCACAACGGCCAUCACUGCUCCCUCUGGGAGCUUCCUGCAGGGUGUAUCUACUGCAUUCUCACCUGGAGCUGCGCAUGCGAACGUGGAAAAUGCGAGUGUUGUCGAUGAAGUCGCAUUACAUGUUGGCAUAAGCAUGUCUUCAAGGGUAGGUGUAAGUACGCAGAUAGCAGCCCUUAGGAACAUGUUAUUUGGGGAGGGUGGAGAUAAGGUGCUCAGGAGGGUCAGAAAGGGCAAAACCACGCUCGUUGUGGAUGUUGAGAGCGCAGACAUAAUGGCGACGCUGCUUCGACUCAAAGAUGAGUACGAGGCUCAUUCCGGGAGAGAGCUUCGUAUGACCUUCGCGGGGGCAACUGAGGCCCAUCUCCUUGCGCACGAGAUUGCGAAGGCAGGCGUGAGCGUGAUCGUCACGCAGAGCAAGCCAUUUCCGUCGACUUGGGAGCAACGGAGGAUACUUGCUGGCCCGCCGAUCACGCAGGAGAGUCUGGUCACUGCGCUUUUGAAGGCAGGUGUCAAUGUAGCCAUUGGAGUCAUUGAUGAGUACAAUGCCCGGAAUACACGUUUCGAAGCCGGUUGGUUCCUCUUAACGUCCAAUGGUACUAUUGAUCGCACAACGGCCCUCGCGCUCGCCACGACAAACCUCGAGAAGGCGCUCGGAGUACAGAGGGAGAUGCCUCAGGACCUUGUGGCUUACCGUGGUGGGGACGUAUUUGAGUUUGAAGCCAAGGUGGUGGGUGUUAUAUCGGAGACGUUGGGGCGAACAGAUUUGUUUGUGUGA